AUGGCGCAGGACCCCCAUCCAGGUGCAGCUCAAGCUAGCCACAUUAACCCCAACGAUGUCGCUCCCAGCCACAUGACCUCGAGCCAGAAGGAAGCCAUCGCCAACGUUGUCGCCCAUGACGCUGCCAAGGGAGCAACCGUCUACAGCUUGGACGAUCAGAAACCCGAGGCAAAGAAAGGCGGCGUUAGGGGUGUCUUUGGUGCUCCUAAGGCUCUCGGCAAGGGUGUUAUGAAUGUUGGCCAGGGUGUUGGCAAAGGUGUUGGCGCUGUCGGCAAGGGUGCCAUCCACGGCGUCGGCGCUGUUGGCGGUGGAGUUGUCCAUGGCGUGGGUGCUGUUGGCGGUGGAGUAGUCCAUGGCGUGGGCGCCGUGGGCAAAGGUGCAGCCGGUGUUGUCACCAAUGUUGGCGGUGCUGCCGUCGGUGGUGUCGGUGCGAUCGGCGGGCAGGCCAAGAAUGCGCUCGGCUCAAUCCCAGGCAUGGGCGCGCUCAAGGACGAUCCCAAGGGCAGUGCUCGUGCCGUCGCCAUUGACACGUCUACCUCUGCCUCCGCUCCGAAGCCUACCGUUUCCCUUGAGGACGCCAAGAAAGCUGCAGCGGCUCCCACAGAGGACGACAUCCCCGGUACGAUCCCCAAGACUGUCCUGCCCGGUAUUCCGGAAUGGAUGGGGAUCGGCUGGAAGGAGGUCGCAGGCGUUGCAGGCAAGGGCAGGCCCGACGCCCAGACGUCCCAGGACCUGAGCAUCCUCAGCGGCUUCCUCAAGGAGCAGUACUACGGCCAGUGGUGGCACAACGCUGGUAUUAUCUUCUUCGCCGUUAUUGCGACCCGCUUCGUCACCUGGCUCCGCUUCGGCUGGGGAUCGCUCUUCAUCAUUCUGGGCACCUGUGCUACUUUCUAUUCUCUCUCGAUUAAACGUACCCGCCAGCGCGCUCGCGAUGACAUUCAGCGCGAGCUGAGCAAGACUCGUCUUAUCACUGACAACGAGUCGGCUGGCUGGCUGAACGGCUUCCUCGAGCGCUUCUGGCUCAUCUAUGAGCCGGUUCUCUCUCAGACCAUUGUUGCUGGCGUUGCGCCUGCCCUCGAGGCCAACUGCCCGAGCUUCCUCGAGUCUCUCAAGCUCACCACGUUCACUCUCGGCAACAAGGCGCCCCGCAUCGACUACGUACGCACAUUCCCCAAGACUCCUGACGAUGUUGUUGUCAUGGACUGGGCACUCUCGUUCACGCCGACCGACGUCUCGGACAUUACACCCAUCCAAGCCAAGAGCCGUGUCAACCCGAAGAUCAUCCUCGAGAUCCGUCUCGGCAAGGGUAUCGUCUCGACGGGCAUGCCUGUCCUGCUCGAGGACAUUUCCUUCUCGGGCCGCAUGCGCAUCAAGAUGACCUUCAUGAGCGACUUCCCGCACAUUCAGAAGGUCGAACUCAGCUUCCUCGAGCAGCCCACGUUCGACUACGUUCUCAAGCCUAUCGGCGGUGAGACCCUAGGCGUUGACAUCAACAGCAUCCCCGGUCUCGCCCCCUUCAUCCGUGACCAGGUCCACGCAAACCUCGGACCCAUGAUGUACGACCCCAACGUCUUCACCCUCGACCUCGAGUCGAUGCUGGCGGGUUCGCCCCUCGACGCUGCCAACGGUGUCCUCAAGAUCCAGGUUAUUGACGCCCAGGACCUCAAGGCCACGAAGUUUGGUGGUGGCGACCCUGACCCGUACGUUUCGAUCUCAGUCGGUGCUGGCGCGGCAGUUGCUCGCACGCGUACCAUCCCGUCAUCGACGUCGCCCUCCUGGAACGAGACCCAGUUUGUUCUCAUCAAGUCGCUCAACGAUGUUCUCAACCUCAACGUUAUGGACUACAACGACAUGCGCUCUGACGCUCUCCUCGGCACUGUCAACCACGAGCUCGUCACUCUCGGCGAGGAUGCCGAGCAGGACGGCAUCGUUGGUCGCAUCUUGAACACCGGCAAAGACCGUGGCGGGAUGCGCUACAACCUGUCCUACUACCCGGCUAUCCUCCCAGAGAAGAACCCCGACGGCACUUUCGAGCCUGUUCCCGACAUCCCCUCCGGUAUCGUGCGUCUUGAGAUCCUCCAGGCUAAAGACUUUGGUCUCCACAACGACAUCAGCGCCAAGGCUCUCAUCUACCUUGGCAAGGGCAAGUCGCCUAUCCACGAGACCAAGGUCAUCAAGAAGAACGCCUCGCCCGCUUGGAGCGACCACGUCGAGUUCAUCUGUGCCGAUAAGAACGCCUCCGUCGUAACCGUCCGCAUCAUCGACACCAGAUCUGAGCGCGAGAUCGGCCGCGCCGCCAUUCGCGUUGCCGACAUCCUUGAGGGUAAGGAGAAGGGCGAGGACUGGUUCCCGCUUGCCAACUCGAGAGCUGCCAAGAUUCGUCUCACUGCUGCCUUUAAGCCUGUCAACCUCCCCGGCUCCAUCGACGGCGCCAGCUCGUACGUCCCUCCCAUCGGUGUUCUCCGUGUCCACCUCAAGAAUGCCGUCGACGUCAAAAACGUCGAGGCCAUGGGCAAGUCGGACCCGUACGCCAAGGUCAUGAUCGGCUCGAAAGUCUUUGCUCGCACCGAGGUCUGCGACGACACCCUUAAUCCCAACUGGGACCAGAUCGUCUACGUCCCGGUUCACAGCCUCAAAGAGAAGGUCAAGAUUGAGCUCAUGGACUACCAGAACAUCGGCAAGGACCGCAGCCUCGGUAGUGUCUCCUUCAACGUCUCCGACAUGGCCGUGGAGAACCCGAACAACGUUGCGUACCCUUUCGAAUCUACCGGCCGCGCUUCGCUCUCCGAGCGCAUCUUCCUCGGCAAGAACAACCAGUUCAAGGGGACUCUGAACUUCGACGUCGACUUCAACCCGGCCAUGGAGCUUCGCGGCGGUGUGUCUUUCGAGCCCGUGACAGACGACGUUGAGGAGGCUGCUAAGUCUGCUGCUGGCGUUAACGGCAACUCGCCCAACGGCACGACCAAGGCGGAGGGUGCCACGGAGACCCUCAAGGACUCGCCUACCGACACCAAGGCUACACUCAAGGACAAGGACGGCAACCCAAUCAAGGAGGAAGAUGCUCCGCCACCGGCGCCCGAGAAGGGCGUUGUCCUGACCCGGGAAAAACUGUUCCAGUCGCAGUCGGGUGUCCUCGCUUUCCAAGUCAUCGAGGGAACGCUCGCACGCAAGGGUGCUGUCGAGGUUCUCUUUGACGACGGCUACUGGCCUGUCUACGCCUCUGAACGUGCUCGCAGCGCUCACCAGCGCUGGGACCAAAUCGGUGAGGGUUUCGUCCGCGAGCUCGACUUUGGCAGAAUCUGGCUCCGCAUCAACGCCAACGAUGACGAUGACCACGAGGACAUUGUGGCCGAGGUCCAGAUGGGAACUCGCGAAUUCCUCGACCAAGCCCUGGACAAGGAGGCAACCUUCGUUCUCUCGGACCCUAAGGGCGGUGGAGGCUGCAGCUCGAUCAAGAUGAGCGCGCGCUACAUUCCCGUUGAGAUCCAACUCGCAGCACGCGAGAGCAUGAAUGACCAGGGCAUGCUCUCUUUCACCCUUGUGAGCGGCAAGAACCUCAAGGGCGUGGACCGCAGCGGCAAGUCCGACCCCUACGUCUCUUUCGUUCUCAACAACGUCAAGGUGGCCAAGUCGGAGACAAAGAAGAAGACCCGUGACCCGCAGUGGAACGAGCAGUUCGAAACGGUCGUCCCUUCGCGUGUUCGCGCGAAGUUCGUCGCCCAGGUGAACGACUGGGACCGUGUCGGUAGCGCUACCCCCAUGGGCGACGCUAUCAUCGACCUUGCCGCCAUGGAGCCGUUCCAGCCGUCCAACAUCGAUGUUCCAGUCGUCCACAACGGCGAGAACGUCGGCACCCUCCAACUCCACAUGAUCUUCCGGCCCACGAUUAUUGCUCGCCGCAGAACCAACACGAACGCCUUCGCUGGUGCCGGUAGAGCCGUUACCAGCAUCGGUGGCGCGGCUCUCGGUGCGCCCGUGGCUCUUGGUAAGGGCGUUGUCCAUGGUGGCGGUGCCGUUGUCUCGGGCGUCGGCCGCGGUGUUGGCACCGUUGUCGGCGCACCCGGCCGCCUCUUUGGCAGGAGCAAGAACCGCUCGUCGUCGGUCACGCAGAACCAGCCGCAGGAGAUCCUGCGCGAGGAGGACGAGAACCGGGCCAUGGGAGGUUCGCAUCUCGCUGUACCGGGCUACGACGUGGGUCAAGGUCAGGCUCCCCAGGCCACGGCGGGACAGAUCUCGGCUCCUGCUGGAAUGAGCGGUGACAUGAUGCCUGUCGGUGAGGAGGCCACUACCCUUCCUCCUGGUGCAGGCGAGGCGCCCCAGGAGCCCGGCACUCUUAUCGUCUCCGUCCUCAGUGUCAAGGACGUCCAGCCGCAGGGCUCGCACUCGGCCUCGGCACUGAAACCAUACGUCACAGUCCGUGUUGGCAACAAGUCGCACAAGACCGACCAUGUCAAGGGCACCGAGGGUGACUUCAACGAAACAUUCAACUUCAAUCUUCCUCUGGGUACUACGGAGCUCUCCCUCAGCGUCUUCGACAAGCACACUCUAGGCAAGGACACCGAGUUAGGCGAGGCGACUGUCGACAUCUGGCGCCACCUGCAGCCGGCUAUCCCCACCGCCGAUGUCUUCGUUGAGCUCACCCAGGGUUCUGGUCAGGUCAAGCUCCGUCUCGACUGGCAGGCGGGCAUGCUCCAGCGCGGCAUGUCUCGCAUGCGCAGUCGCACCCCUAGUGUGAGCUCCAAGCAAGGCAUCGUGCCCGAGACUCCGCGCUCGAGCAGGUUUGCCAUGACCCCUACCAAGAGCACUGCCAACGGCCAGGGCCCCCAGUAA